GUGCCACAGUGGCGUAAUAUAGGAUGUACAACUUGUCAGACAGCAGUCUCAUUUGUAACAUCUGGAUGUUAUAAUAAUCUCUUCAAAGACCGCGCGACUUAUAGAUUUGCUUUUUUUUAAAUUCAAGUCUAUGUUAUUGAUUGUGAUCGCAAUCUAUAUAUACGUAGUAAGUGGUUAGACAACGGCGUUAACAAGUUUCUGUGGUGUAUAAUGUGAUUUGAAUCGGUGAAUCAUCAUCUUAAUCUGUUGGAAGUCGUUGCGGACGGAAGGAGAGUUUUUAUAUUUAAGAAAAAACUUUAAUUAUAAAAGACCAACAUGUACAGUGAUCCAGAAGUUGGAGGGCAGGAGGAUGGAUUCUUCAAUGCUGACAGUUUUUCAGAAAAAUCUGUUAGAUUGGGAUUCAUUCGGAGAGUUUAUGCCAUUUUGUUUCUCCAGAUCCUGGUUACUGGAUUUAUGAUUGCUCUUUUUUUAUAUGUGGAUGCAGUCAAAGUCUACUCUGUGAAUAACCCUUGGAUGUACAUUGUUGGACUCUUAGUAACCUUCAUCAUACUGAUCAUCCUAGCCUGUUGCCCCAACGUUCGGCGCAGCUACCCAAUAAAUUUAAUUCUGCUGACCGUCUUUACUGUGUGCGAAGGCUUUCUGCUUGGAACCAUCUCCAGCCACUAUGAGAAAGAUGAAGUUCUUUUGGCUGUUGGCAUCACAGCAGUCGUGGCCCUUGCCUUGACGGUGUUUGCAUUCCAGACAAAAUGGGAUUUCACCAUGAUGGGAGGAAUGUUAUUUGUGUUUGUCAUCAUUCUGAUUUGCUUUGGAUUUCUGUGCCUAAUAUUCCAGAACAGGAUCCUGAGCAUGGUGUAUGCAUCAAUUGGUGCACUGAUUUUUUCUGCAUAUCUUGUCUUUGAUACUCAGCUGAUGAUCGGUGGAAAACACAAAUACUCACUGUCACCAGAGGAGUACAUAUUUGCUGCGCUGAAUCUCUACCUGGACAUCAUCAAUAUCUUUAUUUAUAUCCUGUCAAUCAUUGGAUUAUCUCGUGAUUAAGCAUCUUCACCUGUCUCGAAUUUUAUUUUAACUGUUCAUUUUUUUUUUUUUUUUUUUUGUCAGGCAACAUCCACCAGAGAGGAGGUAUGUCUUGACAAUUUUUAUGUCUUCACAGGCAGGACUUUGCGCAUUUUAUGGUUAUUACAAAAGUAUUUAUCGUUUGUACCAAAGUUUCCUGUUGGUGCACUGUUGGUAGUGCUACAUGGAUUACUGUUGGGUGUACUAAUUAUGAUUAUUAGCCCUUAUAUACUUGCAUAAAUAUGACAAUGCAUAAACACAAAAUUGGUACUGUAACUGUUUGGUUUAUCAUUUGUGUGUGUGUGUGUUUGAUGGCUUAUUAGUCGCAAUUUUUUCCCAUGGACUUGAAAAUAGUGUUGUUGAAUCAAGUGCAAGCAUAUUUUUAUGAGGAUUCAUGUAGUUGUCAAUGCUUGGUCAUAGACAUUAUCUGAAUCCAAUUUGCACCCUGGGUAUUUACUGAUUAAUACUGACCCACUUCUACAUUUAUAGCCAAAAGAUGCAUUUCAGUUUUGGCCAAAAGCUGAAGCUAUUGAUAGUUUGUGUUAAAAAAGUAAAAGACUUGGAUGACAUUAGAGGAGAAUGGGUAAUGAAAAUAAGAGGUAAAGUUCAGCAUUUAAACUUCUAUUUCCUUUCUUUGUGCAUGUUUUUUCUCUAGAAAUCUAGAAGGUGUAUGUCAUUGGAAUCCACCACUUUUCACAGAUUUCCAAGUGGCAUGCUUUAUCUCUCAAAUGUUUGAAAAUUUGCACAUUGUAACAGUUUAAAAUUUUUCUCAACAUUUGUUUUUUUAUGGGUUGAAAUGUUUUAAAUUGUUCUAAAAGAAAUUGUGCAUUGUACAGUUUUGUCACACAAAAUAAACAAGUUGUCUUUGUGGCAUUUUUUUGUAGCCGUGUAUUAAAAUGGGUAAUUUUUUUUUUUUUGAAGUACAUGUAUAAUAAUUGCUUUUUGUCCAAGAAAUGAGGUAACAUUUUGUAAUGCUGAUAUUUGUGUAAUGUUUUGACUGCCAUUUGUGCUAUAAAAUAGUCACUAGCUAUUUUUUUCUUCGCAGUAAAAAUUUUUCUUGUAUGUGAAAUAAAGCUAUAAAAAGUAUAUAAAAAAAAACAGUCAA